AUGGAGGGUUCAAGACAAGAUGAGAAGCAUUUCCGAGCAGAAAUCAGUUGUCUUGGAAACAUACAACAUGCGAAUUUGGUCAGGCUUCGAGGUUUUUGUGCAGAAGGAUCGAGAAGGUUUCUCAUUUAUGAUUACAUGCCCAACGGCUCUCUGGAUUCCUUAAUCUUCUCAAGUAAUCCCAAAAGUAAACAGAAGGUACUCGACUGGAGGAUCCGAUUUGAGAUCGCUUUAGGCACCGCAAGAGGAUUACUUUAUCUCCACGAAGAAUGCAGAGAUUGCAUCAUUCACUGCGAUGUCAAGCCAGAAAAUAUGCUUUUGGACGAUUCUAGUCAGUGUUACUUUCCAUCGUGGGCUGCAACUCAAAUUUACAACGGCAAUACAGUUAAUGUUGUGGAGGAGGGUAUUGCAGAGGAGAGAGACAUUGAAGAGGUGAGAAGAGCAAGUAUUGUAGGAUUGUUAUGCAUUGAAAAGGAUGAGGAGGUGAGGCCAAGCAUGGGGCAAGUGGUGCUAAUGCUGGAAGGGAAGAUACAGCCCCAGAUUCAGCAGAUUCAAAGCUAUGUGCUCAUGGACAAGGACGAAGACCGAAGCGACACUGACAGCAGUAGCGACAGCUGA